GAGCAUCAACAAUGCAAACUUCUACUACACCCAUAGUAUAUGUUCCUGAAGAUUCGGACUUUACUAUAUACAAUCUACCUUAUGGUGUCUUUGAAACCUCAUCCUUAGAUAAACGUUUAGGUGUUGCUAUUGGAGAAUAUGUCCUUGACUUACGUGAAGCAGCUACUCAAGGCUUUCUAUCAAGUCUUUCUUCUGAAUAUUUCCAAGGCACUGAUUUCAACGCAAUUAUGGGACUUGACCGAAGAGCUUGGAAGGCUUUGAGAAGCGAUAUACAAGACGUUGUUUAUGGAAAGACCAGUGAAUCUAUUAAAAGUCAUCAUUCCUUAUUGUCCAAGUUGUUUAUUCCGAUGCACCAAGUUUCUAUGCAUCUUCCAGCAAAGAUUGGCGACUAUACUGAUUUCUAUUCUUCAAAAGAACAUGCAACUAAUGUAGGAACUAUGUUUCGAGGUGCAGACAAUGCACUCAAUCCUAACUGGGUUCAUUUACCUGUAGGUUAUCAUGGAAGGUCAUCUUCCAUAAUUAUAUCAGGACAAGAUAUUCGGAGGCCUUGUGGUCAAUUGAAAGGCAACCAAGAACCAUCUCCACAUUAUGGUCCCACACAAGCACUUGAUUUUGAGUUGGAAAUGGCUUUUUUUGUUGGACAAGGCAAUUCCUUGUUCGAAAGUAUUCCAGCUAAAACAGCUCGUGAUUAUAUCUUUGGAUUGGUAUUGAUGAAUGAUUGGAGUGCUAGAGACAUUCAACGUUGGGAAUAUGUGCCUUUGGGUCCUUUUGGAGCAAAGAAUUUUGCUACUAGCAUUAGUCCUUGGAUAGUUCCUUUGGAGGCUUUAGAACCUUUUCGAGUACCUGCACCGACACAAGAGCCUCAAGUAUUGGAAUAUUUAGAACGAGGUCCCGAUCCAACUACUUUUGAUAUUCAUCUCACUGUAUCUAUUCAGUCAAGCAGCAUGAGAAAACCUCAAUUGAUUUGUGAAAGUAAUUUUCGAUAUCUUUAUUGGACAAUGGAACAACAAUUGGCACAUCAUACUGUGACUGGAUGUAAUUUGAGACCUGGUGAUUUAUUGGCUUCUGGUACGAUAAGUGGUAAGAGUGAAAAAAGUUUUGGUUCCAUGUUGGAACUUUCUUGGGGAGGUAGUAAACCUUUGAAACUGGAAGAAACUCAAGAACAAAGAGUCUAUUUACAAGAUGGAGACCAAGUUAUGAUGCAUGGAUAUUGUCAAAAAGAGAAUAUUCGCAUUGGAUUCGGUUCUUGUCAUGGAAAAAUAUUACCUGCAAAGCCUUUGACAUGAAGAAGAACGAUUAUCUUCGUUGUGUUUUACCCAUUUUGCGUUUUCCUGAAAGUAAAUGUUUCGGAUGUUCA